AUGGAUCUCCUCGCAGAACUCGAAAGCAUGGCCAUGAACGCCGCAGAGGAAGAUAACAUCUCCAACGUAGACAGGGAGAGAUCGCAGAAACUAUUCGGCUUCACCCAUUCAGAAGCCCUCUCGGCGUUGGAGCGAUAUCGUCGGGACGUUUCACGCAUCAGAGUCGCGAAUGAGCUCUGGGUGGCAGUGAAGUCGGAGAAGCAGGCCGAAGGACAUGACCGGGAGUCAUACGAAUACUCUCUCAUGCGGCCUCAGAAACGCGACUCGUGCCGGGAAUACGACGAAAGGGGGAGAUUCAUCCUUCAAUUGGCCGGUCCCCUCACUACACCUGAAAUAAUACAGAACGCCGCUGCUCUGAACAAGAUUCCCACCCUUUCAGAGGGAGUGGGAGAAGAUGGACCAGCAAGAUUCUGUGAGAUCGACGGUGCUGCAAAGAGACGAUUGCUGUCAUGGGUAGCAAAGCACCAUUGCGGGUUUCAGCCCACCAUCAUCCGUCUCUCGAAAGCCAAGAAGGAACUGUGUACCCAUACGCCAGCGCCAAUGCUCGGACGAAAUUGCGCGCUGCCCCAGUACCGAGCGGAUCAUGCCGAUUUCGAACCAGUCCCGUCCCCAGACCAAUACCCAGUGUGGUACUUUUUCUAUGGCACGCUCGCCGACCCGGACGUGAUUUCUCAACACCUUGGGCUGGGAAAGACACCCAACUAUGUCCCAGCCCAUGUUACCGGUGGUCGGAUUCGGACUUGGGCAGGGAAAUACAAGGCGCUAGUCGAGGCUCCUGGCGUGUUUGUGUUUGGUAGUGCUUUCCUCGUCGAAUCUCGCGCCUACGAAGAUGCCUUGAGAUUCUAUGAAACGGACAAAUAUGAGGUUGUACGAUGCCAGAUCACGACACAGAACGGCGUCAUGGACGGCCUUACCUUUCGAUUUGAUGGUACUGAGCGUGACUUAGACUAG